AUGGCAGCGACGCGAGCGUGCUUGGUCGCGCUCGCCAUGGCUCUGACGUUUCUCUUCUUGGAGGGCCCAGCCGUGGUGUUGGUGGCGCCGGCGGCGACCACUGAUAGUUUGGUGCAGCGGAGGCGGGAUGUGCAAAGGCUCCUCAGGCGGCUCAAUAAGCCUCCUGUCGCAAGCAUUCUGAGCCCAGAUGGAGAUGUCAUAGACUGUGUGCACAUUUCCAAACAGCCUGCGUUCGACCAUCCUCUCCUCAAGAACCAUACUAUCCAGAUGCGGCCUUCUUACAACCCAGGAGGCAUUUAUCAUGACUCCAACAUCGCACCCCAUCCAAUCACCCAAACAUGGCAUCAAAAUGGUAAGUGCCCUGAGAACACCAUACCAAUCCAGAGGACCAAGGAGGAGGAUGUCCAUAGGGCCAGUUCCAUCAAGAGGUAUGGCAAAAAGAGGCCUAGGAGCAUCCCAAACCUCAGUUCAAUCAACGACCCUGAGGCAACCAAUAUCACGAGGGGCCACCGGCAUGCCGUCGCAUCUACGAGUGUUUAUAAGUUUCAUGGAACCAAAGCCACUUUCAACCUUUGGCAACCAAUGAUUGCCAGAGCGAACGACUUCAGCUUGGCCCAAUUGUGGAUCAGUGGGGGUUCCUACAGUGGCAACGACCUCAAUACUAUUGAAGUAGGAUGGCAGGUUUACCCACAGAUGUAUAAUGAUAACAAUACUAGAAUCUUCAUCUACUGGACACGUGAUGCAUAUCAAACAACAGGAUGUUACAACCUAAAGUGCUCAGGGUUCAUCCAAACGAAUAAUCAAAUCACCCUUGAUGGCAGCAUAUCCCCAGUCUCUAACUAUGGAGGUACACAACAUGACUUGGAUAUUUCAGUUUGGAAGGACCCAAAGGGGGGCAAUUGGUGGCUGCAAGUGGGAACUAAUUAUGUGGGAUAUUGGCCAUCGUCCAUAUUUUCAUAUUUGGCUAAUAAUGCCUCUAGUGUACAAUGGGGUGGUGAGGUAUGGUCACCUGAUGCCGGCCAAACUUCCACACAGAUGGGUAGUGGACACUUCCCCGAGGAAGGGUUUGGCAAGGCUAGUUAUAUAAAGAACAUACAUGUGGUAGAUUCGUUCGACAAUCUCGAACCACUAAGUGAUGUGCAGGUUAUAGCUACGCAGAAGAACUGCUAUAAUGCAGAAAAUGGUUUCUCUAGCGACAUGGGCACUUACAUCUACUAUGGGGGAGCCGGGAAGAACUCCAAUUGCCCAUGA